AUUUCUCUGUGGUACCACAGGCUGCAUCUCUUUCAAAUUACAGUGCAGGCGGACCAGACAACAUUUUCUGAAUUAGCAUCUCUGGGACUCCUCUUCUCACACACGCAGUCCACAUCUGAGGUACAGCAAGGUACCUGUCUGCAGUACCUAUGGACCUCAUCUACACUCCACUUUGGAUUAGAGGGAAACUCUGAUUUUCUGCAAAGCACAGAAAGCAGUUGGGAGGUGUAACCAGGAGUUCCUGCGGAGAACCCAUUUUGGUCACCUGCUUUCUUUUCUCUUACUUCCUCUUUUUGUCCCUUUUCUGUUGGAUAGCUAAAGGAUGGGGGAAAUGCAACCUUGGGCUUGAAGAAUGAGAUAAGUUUGUUGAGUUCGCUUUGAGAGGAAGAUGCACCCUUCCACAAACAUGGAAACAUAACCGGGAUCUUUGAUGGAUAUUGAUUUUAAAGAAAGAGCACAGAAUGGGUAAAAGAGAGAUACAAAGCUUCAUCAGAUGGGUAUUGGUUCUCACCCUUUGCCUUUUAACCCUAUGGGGACGUAUAGCUGCAGCAUCUACACACCACAGAGUCCAUUCAGUUCACGUGGAACCUGGCACUUGUGAAGUGAUCGCCGCUCACAGAUGCUGCAAUAAGAACAAGAUUGAGGAACGGUCACAGACGGUAAAAUGCUCCUGUUUUCCUGGACAAGUGGCGGGGACUACGAGAGCAGCUCCAUCAUGUGUAGAUGCUUCUAUAGUUAUUCAGAAAUGGUGGUGCCAUAUGCAGCCAUGUUUAGAUGGAGAAGACUGCAAAGUUCUACCAGACUUGACAGGAUGGAGUUGUAGUACUGGGAACAAAGUCAAAACAACAAAGGGGCAGUCUACAGCUGUAACAACUUGAUGCCCCCCCUGCAGUCGUCCCAGUAAGGUUACACGAUAGUGUCUGGCAAAUAUGCAGAGAUCAUCCAAGGGUGUAAACGCUGUGAGAGGCCAAAGUUUCACACUGGCAUACUUUAUACUCCCCUACAGUGCAUCUUCUUUCCAAAGUGUGGACGCCAUUGGAUAGCAAUCCCAAACUUACCUUUUAAGAGGAGUACCAUAACCAUGUAAAAAUGACCGAACAAUCAGUCUCCAUAAUCCUUAAGGGGCAGACUGCAAAGCCCGUAGUUGAUAUACUUCAAAAUGGAAACUAUAAAACAUGUUGGAAGUAACAUCUGUAUAUGAAACCAAGAGACAGUGCAAGACUGUAAAAUGCAGUGUACAAACUCCUGUUUUAUCCUCUGAUUCUGGCAUUUCAAUUUUUCCUUUUUUAUUAGUAUUGGAAAGAUCCGAUUACUUCAUUCAUCUCUUGUCUGCUUAUAAUGACUUGAAAAUAGCACUUUUUACAAUCCUGUCAAUCUAUAAUUGGAAAAUGCUGUGUCUUAUAUACCAUUUAGCGGAACCCAUAUUCUGAAGAUUAGCAAAGAGUGAUUUGUCAAGGCCAUAGAAUCCCCCAUACUUGAGUAAACCUCAUCUACAGCAUGCAGCAAUUACUCUUGUUAUAACGUAUACAAUUCGGGCCAUGAGUGUAUGUUCAAGAUGCAUAAUAACUGUACAGUAUGGAGGGUACUGUAAUAUGUCUUAAGCGUGUGCCCAAAGCAAUAUUGUCAUUUCAUUGGAAGCUUUUUUAUGUCUUUAAUUCCAAAGUGCUUAGAACAGUCUUUCAUAUAUCAAUUAGUCAUACUUCUUCUAUACUUCUAUAUUUGACAGGUUUUACUACUGAAUAAGUUUAAACAACCUCUAUAAAAUAAAAUGAAUGGCUGUUUUGCUUUGUUCUACUAUAUCAUAAGUCUGAAAUAUGAUUUAUUUAAAGUAAUUUAUCAUUAUUUUAUAUUUAUACUUUAUAUUCUUUAAUUUUUUUUGGACCAAAGUAGAUUUAUUUUUGAAAUUAUGUGGCUUAAACUGUUUCCCUAGUAGCAGUGGGAUUAUUUUUUUAUUUUUGCAGGUAUCAUUAUCCCUCUAUCUGAUGUAUGUUGAUGGGAUAUUUUGCAUUGGUCCAUGGUGUUUUGUCUUGCAGGGCAACCAACUAUUUGUUCCAGAAUCUGUAAUGAUAAACGAUGUGUCUACAACUGAUUUUAUUUUUGCUUUUAAUACACUAGUUAUAAUGUAGAGCUAUGUCUAGUGUAACCAAAGGGUUACUAAAGUAUACUAGUUAAAAUUCUAGGGCAUCUUUAACUCUGCAUCGUGCCAUUCUUUUGCCAUUCUUCUUUGGAAAAUUAUAAAUAAAUUGCUGACUGGGUACUGCCAUUCUCCCAGCCAGUAGGUUGUGUCUCACACCACACAUAUAUUGCACAGUAUGAGGCUAUGUUAACACAGUACAGCUGUAACUUUAAAUCUCAAAAAAAAGACAUGUUUUGGACUAUUUAAAGCACAAAGGAUAGGCCCAAAAUACGAUCAAGAAUACAGCUAUAUUUAUGGCCAAGUUUUAAGCUUCAAAAAGACAAAAAAGGGUUUGUCAAAUUACUAGGUCAACACUCAGUUCAAUAAAAUGGCUGUUUAUGGUUCACAAUGUGGGGAGGGUAAAGGGGCAAUGUGAGAACAUAGCCUCAGAGUGUGUAGAGAUAUGCCCUAAUAACUAACAAUAUGUUCAUUAUUCAUAUACUGACCAAGAAAUUGUAUAUUUUGGGAAAUGCAAAGGUCAAAAAUCUGUCAAUAUUUAAAAAGAAAUUCCUGCCAUUACUUGAUGUUGUGCUUCAGUUGGGGGAACAAUUGUAAGAAGUUUGUCAGUGCCCUAGUGCCAGUGUCACUAGCAAAUGGAACGCACACCAAAUAAAAUAAGAAUAUCUCAAAACAGAAGAAAAUACUUAUUGCAGCAUUCUGAUUCUGGACCCUUGUCAAGCUCAAUAGGCAGUAUGUCCAUCACUGAAAACACUAAGACCAAGAACAAUUUUUAAACAAAUUUUCAAUCUGCAAAAUACAGGGUCUAAUAGGAUCCUACACCAACAGGCAUUAUCCACUGUAAUACAGAAUUAUUAAUGUGUGUUACAUUAAGGAUCAGGGUCAUACAGGAUUCUGUCCAUGAAAAAUCCCAGAAUUUCCAUUUUUCUCAUUCAAAUCAAUCAAAGAUAAAAAGGUUCUAUAGUUUCCAGAAGAAGAUUACAAAUAAAGCAAACAAUUUAUCCAGCAAAAAACAGGCCCUCAGAAAAACACUUUUUUAAGUGUUACCCAAACUAAAACACAAUAAAUACUGUAUUUAUCAGCUUAUAACACACAUUUUUAAACUAAAAUUUAAAACUAAAAGUCUAGCUGCGUGUUAUACGCCGAUAAAGCGUCCACUUUAAAUCAUGUAACUGCAGCGGCUUUUGCAGGACCAGAGUUCUGCUUUUUUUUUUUGUGCCUUAACGGACAUUAUUUUUGACAUCGCAUAACAGGAAACAACGGGUCCUGACAGAUCCCAUUUACUAUUACGGGGUCCGUUGGGUGCCGUAGUUUUUUGAUGGGAGUAAAAAACGUUGCAUGAUGUAUUUUUUCUUCAGCUAUUCUCCCUGGGUUUCCCGACGGACUUCACACUGCUGUGUCACAACAGUAGUGUGAAAGAAGUAUAAAUUUGGUAUUAUAAUAAUUAUAUCAAAACAGAGUAAAGUUUUUAUCUAUUCAACAUGCGUCCAUACAACAUUGGAGAGUCUGGAAUAGAAAUUUACUUCACUGGGAUGUGCUGUCCAAAUACUUCAUGGAAGUACUUAUACAGCAUGGAAAAAAGGAAAGUAAAAAAUUUAAGCCCAAAAACAGUUGAAUUUUCAUUCCCCACCUAAGAAAAAAAGUAUGAAAGUUCAUCAACAAAAACCAAGCCCACACGUCUCAAAGACCAUAAUAAGUCAUGUCAUUUAUGGGUUUAAGGAUGGGUCACCAUACUGGCCACCAAUAAGAUCACUCACAAUCAGCUGUACUCUGGAGGUCCUGCUGUUGAGACAUAGACAGCCCAUUGACAGCGUUGAAGCAGACCCUCCAGAAUGUUGCUAUUUUUGCUAAUAAAAUAUUUUAGCUUGAAAAAAACUUGUCAUAUUCAGCAGGUCAGAAAAACCUCCGAAUCUUCCUACAAAUUGCUCAAGAAAAUCUAUAAUUAUAAGAAGCAAAUAAGUACAAACUGCUCUGUCCUUGCACUUGUGCCAUAAUUGCUGCUGGCGGGUCUUAUCAAAUAUAUGAAGGAUAAUUGGCGCUAGCUCUUAACUGGGCGCCAAACAAGUUGUGUCACCGGAAGAGCAUUCAGGGUUGCCAAAUUGCUUCUCUAUCUUUUAAAGGCAGCAAUUAGAGUAUGCAUGCUACACAAGAUUCCUUCUCUUCACAUGACACAUGCAGGGUAAUGCAACUGGCAAACAACAUCCUAUUACUUUCUCGUACACUUAUUCUCCAUAAGAAGUUGCUCUCCUGCGGUGGGAUAAAAUCAGUUUAAAAGCAAACAAAGAAUUCACACAUAGCCUGUUGCAGCUUAUAUACAUAGAAGCAAUGGACUGUUUUGUCUAUGAGAAGUAUUCCUCCAGUUCUUAGUUUCAGCAUACCCAAAGCUACAUUUACCAUCUUGUCAUGUUAAGAGUCAGUCAAGGUCAUUAAAUUAGAUAGAUAUGCCAGAUUAUUUUCAAUUUGUUUAUGACUGGAAUAAUUCUAUUUUUGAAAUCGACAGCAGGUUUUAUCCUCACUAAACCCAAUACACAAUAUUAUAGGGCGGGUGAACCUGAGUUCCUACAUAAAUCAGUGGUCCAGUUGCAUUUAUAACCUUUGUUGCUAGUAAGCUAAUCUGGUCUCUUGUGCAUUGGAGGCUGGAGCCAGCUUUCCAAGCUUCCCUACCUCCUUCAUUAGUGCUCUCAUAUGUCCGUCCAUUUGUUGAAAAUGCAGAAAUCUGCAUUCUCACUUCCUAAUGAUGUAAACGUCUAUGCUCAUGUGAGCCCUGUUCUCGAAUAACAGAAUGCUCACAUGGGCAUAGACUCUACUUCUUUAGGACUUAAAGGGCACUCCGCCCCUAGACAUCUUAUCCCCAGCAUUCUCAGUAGCGGCACCCUGCCGACAUCACAUCACAGAGGAAAAUCUCUGUGCGUAAUGACAGGGCGAUAGAGGGGCCGGAGCACCAUGACGUCACGGUUCUGGCCCCUCCUGACGUCCACUCCCAUAGACUUGUAUUAAGGGGGAGGGACGUGAUGGCUCAAAGGGCCGGAGCCGUGACGUCACGGUGCUCUGGCCCCUGUAUCACCCCAUUAUCACGCACAGAGAUUUUCCUUUGUGUUGUGAUGACGGCUGGGUGCCGCUACUGAGAAUGUGGGGGUCCCGCCGUUGGAUAGGGGAUAAGAUGUCUAGGGGCAGAGUACCCCUUUAAUAUUGAAGAGGAGAGAGCAGUGUAUGCACUCUGCUAUGCUAGCAGAGAGCUCAUGGGGACACAGGUUCUCAUGUCAUUAGGAUGCGAGAGUGAAGAUUUCUGCAUAUUCAACAGAUGAGUGGGCACAUAAGAGGAAGGAGGCAGGGAAGCCCGAAAAUCUGGCUCCUGCCAACAUUGCGCAAAAGACCAGUUUAGAUUACUAGCAACAGGGUCUUCUGCAGACAGAUUAUUGAUUUCUGUAAGUGAUACAUUGUUUUUCUCAGGUUCAUCUGGACUAGAAACCAUAUGUAUUGGAUUUAGUGCAGGUAAACCAGCUGUUAGUUUCCCUUUAAUAGUUUAUUCAAACAUAGAUCUUUCAUUAUUACCAAUAUGGAACAGAGCAGAAAUUAGAAAAUCAGUUGGAUAGAAAUAGAAUUUGGACUAAAAAUCAAGCUUUUUGUGAUGUAUUUCGGAUUUGUUUUGUCCCUGUUCUUUUGCAUGAUAAUUGGCCCAUGCAAAAAGGCCUUUAGUCUUGCCAUGUCAUCAAGUAACACUCUUAAAGGGAAUCUGUCAUAUUAAGUACGCAGUCAGCAAAUACAGGUGACUUUCUUGAUACCGGCCAGAUAGAACAUUAUGUUCAACAGAACUAGAGAUGAGAAAAUCUCCCGAAAUUUGUUUCAGGUCUCAUUGGGCAAAUCUGUCACAUUUGCUAUGGAUUUUGAUCCCAAUUUGAAUCUAGAAGUUCCUCCUGUUGCCCUGUGAUUGUCCACGCACAGUUUAUACAGGAGCAGAGAGUCAUUUCAAAAGCAGGAGUCCCUUCUAUAUUUACUUUUCAUGGGCAAAGGCAGUUGGGGGAUCUUCCAGAUCUAAAUCGGGAUCCAAAUCCAUAACAAAUCUGACAGAUUUACCAAAUGGGACCCAAAACUAAUUUCAGGAGACUUGCUUAUCUCUAGUCAUGUUGAAGAUGGUGUUCUAUCUGGCCAGCAUACCAUAGAGCUGUAUUUUUUGACUGAAAAAAAAAAAAAUACUAUAGAGCUGUAUUUUUGAUAGCAUGUUUAAAGUGACAGGUUCUCUUUAGGAUAAGGUAAGAAGAAGAAGAGCGGACAUAAUUUUCAGCAUAGAUAAAUUACGACCAAUCAAAAUAAGUGAUACUUGAUUACAUAAAGAAAGGAAAGGCCCUUUUACAUGGGCCAACUUUGACAAGAAAGGGCGUAAAUGGACCAAAGAACAGUUGAUAAAAGAGUAAUUGCUUGUUCGUUGGCUGGUUAUACCUUUUGUGUGGCCAAUAAAAUCCCCGUCAUCUUCCUCACAUUGCCCUGUGUAAAUAGGGGAUGACCAGCCCCAAUGAUGAAUUUAAAGGGCAACUCAAAUAAUACAGCAAUUAAUUGAGUAUUGUAAAGGCUCUGUAAAUGAGAGACAAUUAUAGAGAUCAAUGUUUGCUAUCCUGCCCCUAUCGGCUGUUCUAAAAGGGCCUUACCAUAGCAUGUCUUGUGGCCAAUAGUAUAUGUUUCAUAAUAGUAUUUGCUGCUAUAAUGGUCCAUGUAACAUAUGUUGUAAAACAGUGGUCUCCAAACUGCGGACUACUAGCUGAUGCAAAACUACGACUCCUACCAUUCCCGGACAGCCAAUGGCUCUCCGGGCAUGCCAGGAGUUGUAGUUUUGCACAAGCUGGAGGUCCAUAGUUUGAAGAUUACUGUUCUAAGCCAUUGUCUCUCUUUAGAGAAAACAUUUUACUUUCAACAUCCCAAUAAAGUUCAAUGAUAGAUUGUCUUCAUUUUAUUCCAUAAUUGUUAGUUACAUGCUGGUCAUUACUAUAUUAAACUGACAUAAUAAACUAGUUUAGAAUUGAUAUGAGGUACAUGUAGAUCGACCCACUGUCAGUAAGAUAAAGGGUCAAAGCAUCAACUAAAAUGUGUUUUGUAGACAUGGCGGUAAAUCUGUAUAUAUACUUAAUCCGGUAUUGCAGCUCAACAUUGUUUCUAGAGGUUGUAUCCCCAAUGAUCAUACAUGUACAGCCUAAUCUAAGGAAAGGAAAAUAUCUCUGUUAAGGAUUAUCUUAAAAUAUAUAUUUUAAGUCACUUUGUUGUGUUUUGAGUACUCAAGCUCCCGCCAAUUUUAUAGGAUGCGGCAUCCAGUCUGCCCUAUCAUAGACUGCAUCUCCCACUGUCGACUAUACGUUUCAGUGAGAAAUGUGUCUACUAGAUAGUGACACCAAGUUCAGAUUGACUCAGCAAUGGACUGUUAUAUAGCGGAAUAAGCAGAAUACACAAUUUACACAAUUUAUUAGUCUGUUCAUCUUUAGAAUUAUAUUUUUAAAUCAUUACUUACAUUGUAUGGAUUUAUCAAUAAAGCAGGUAGUAUCUAUUCUAACUUCUGCAUUUACUGUUUAGGAUCAUUUUCUGUGGAUAUUUUUUUGCUUUUAUCAUGAAUCUUUAAGCAUCCUAGUGAGAAAAUAGCAAUUGUAUAGUACAAUAUAGUGGCAUAAUAAUAUGAAAGGAUACAUUUGUUGUAACUUUUCCCUUGUUCUCAUAAUAGAUGGUUGCUAUCCAAAGAUUACUGUAUUCUUUUUGAGUUUGUAAGAUUCAUUUUUGUUCAGAUUUUGGAAUCCCUGAGUUGUGACACCAUUACAGAUACAGAACGGAAGUAAUAGUCCAUUGAUACUGUAUUGUAAGUGAAUGUUUUAUUCCUCUCUCCAGUUCAAGAAUAUGGAAAGAAACAUUUUAGGAAAAUCACAAAAAACUGUGUAAUGUACAGGCAAAUAUAGAAAAAAAAUCAAAAACAACAACAACAACAAAAACAUACAUUUUCAUUGCUAGAUUGCAGUAGGGCUAUGGAGGGGAAACAUUAACUGACCAUUUAAAUAUCCUGGUUCAAUGCAAGUAUUUCAUCAUAUCACCACAACUACAGUACAAGUGAAGACAACUUUGUGAAGUUUUCAACAUAUUAUACUAUCUGGAUGAUAUUUUAGGAUUAUGGUUCUAUCAUCAAUAGCGAAGAGAUGGCGGAUGUGCAACUAAAAGGCCCAUUCCAUGGAUUUCCGUGAGAGUAAAGGAUUUCCCUGCAGAUUACAGACAUGCUACUGUGUAUCAUGCUAACUUUGUUAUUGAAAUGUAUUUUGUAAAACAAUAUGUACAACCAGUUUAUGAUGCUACUCUAUGUAAAUACAAGAAGACUAAAAGUAUUAAAACAAAAUCUCUGACAAAAUA